UUCGUCUUGCAUGGUAGUGGGUGUUCUCGAUUUUGCCUUCUAGGGUUCUUAUUUUGUGUUAAAUGUCCUCAAUUUAUGCUGGAUUUCAGGUGUUUCUUCCUCAAUGGAACCAGAAGAACAUCGGGUUUCCGCUUUUUCUCCAUGCCAAGAGAAAUGUAGCCUUCUUUUCUCGUGCGGUUUCCUCUUCGGACAACGAUGGUUCAGUUUCAUCGUCCAGGCAGAACCAUAUGGGUUAUGAUCCUUCCGAGGAACUCUUUGGUGUGGACUUCAAGCCGAGGAAUGCAUCUUCUGAACCACGUUCAUGGUUUGGUCCUAAUGGCCAGUACAUUCGAGAACUUCCCUGCCCUAGUUGUAGGGGUAGAGGUUAUACUCCAUGCUCAGACUGUGGGAUAGAAAGAUCAAGGCCGGACUGCCCCCAGUGCAAAGGAAAGGGUAUAAUGACCUGCCUCAGGUGCUCAGGUGACUGCGUCAUAUGGGAAGAAUCAAUUGAUGAACGACCUUGGGAGAAGGCUCAAUCCAUUUCCCCGUUUAGAGUGAAGGAGGAUGAUGAAGUCGAUAAUCUAGAGAUAAAGCUGAGUGAGAGGAGGAAAUCCAAGCGGGUAUAUCAGUCACCGCCUCCCGAGGUUGGACAGAAAAUCAGCCGGACUCUGAGAAGUCUAAAUGCCAAGACUGGUCUCUUCAGUAAGAGAAUGAAGAUUAUACAUCGUGAUCCAGUGCUUCAAGCUCAAAGGGUAGCCGCCAUUAAGAAAGCAAAAAGAACAGCUGCUGCAAGAAGACAUGCUGCCGAAUCUAUGAAAGCUUUCUUCAGCAAUCCCGAAAAUCGCCAGAGGAGGAGCUUAUCUAUGAAAGGUGCUAAAUUUUUCUGCAAGAACUGUGGACGUGAAGGCCAUAGACGCCAUUACUGUCCUGAGCUGGACAGAUACGCAGACAGAAGGUUCAGAUGUCGGGUUUGUGGUGAGAAGGGCCAUAAUCGACGAACCUGUCCUAACUCGAAAUCUCUUGUUGCUAAAGGCGUAUCCACAAGAUAUCACCGGUGUGGAAUAUGCCGUGAGAGGGGUCACAAUCGUAGAACCUGCCGGAAACUGGCCGGAGCUAAACCGGAAAAAGGAAAUGCCGGCCAAGAUGAUGUCGGAAACCGGAAUUACGCAUGCGGGUUCUGCAAGAAAAUGGGACAUAACGUUAGAACAUGUCCAAGCAACGAGGGUGAUUAUUGUAUAGAACAAGACAGCUCAUAAAUUUACUUUUCUUUUUGUUAAGAGUUAUUAAAAUUCUUCCUCAUAAUUUGUAUCGAAAUUAUACAUGAUGUAAAACAAAAAAAAAUGGAUUGGUCUGAACAUUUUUUUUAUAAACGUUA